GUACAGUCUGUUUUGCUGCCUUAUGUAGAUGGUGUGCCGGCUGUUUUCCGUGGAUGUGGUGAUGGUUUUGCUGGAGCAGCCAGAGAGGAGGCCGGAAGAGUGUCUGGACCCAGAGCUCACCUGCUUCCUGCCACACAAGUUCUUGAUCCAGAGCCUGCUGUUUGCUCGGCGGAUGGACGACUCGCCCACUGUUCAAGGCCACGCCCUCGCCUGCCUGGCCCAGUGUCUGGAGCUGCCUUCUUUCAACGUCACGCGGGCUGUCCACAACCUCUUCUCUGCUACUGGAACCCAGACAGUACUGGAAGGUGAAAUUACAGAAGGAGGUUCCCAGAACAGUCAGAAAACCUACCGCACUCUGCCGUUCAGGACUGUGGAGAUGAGCACCACUGACGUCUCCGACUGUGACGCAAAAGAGAACCUGGCUCUUCUCCUGAAGCGUGUAAAAGAUUUGAAGACUAACGUGAGAAAAUCAGCAUUGCAGGCCCUUGUGGGUCUCCUGAAACACAACGUAAUCCCCAUGAGCUGGGAGAACCUGGCUAUACUGUCAGAGCGGUGCAGAGACCCAGCUGUUUCUGUGAAGAAGAAGGCCCUGCAGUGUAUAGGAGAGCUGCUGACUGCUAAACCAGAGUGCAGUGUGGUGCAGAAGGCAUGGCUUCAGGGCGUGGUGCCAGCUGUGGUAGACUCUGAAAACUCUGUGCAGGACAAGGCCCUGGAGGCUCUGGACCAAGUUCUGCUAAGCCAGGUCAAACCGUACUCUGCCAGUCGCCACCUGGAUGCCAGUCAGAGGCUGACCUGGGACCUGCUAGCCCUGCUCUGUCAUGACUGCCAGAACCUCAGCCGGUAUUUCAGCAGGGCCUUCACCAUCUGGUCCAAAGAGAACAAGUUCACACAGACUUUCAUCACUAACCUGAUCUCACACACUGACGCCGAUCACGCCGCCGCCUGGUUGCUGCUCUCCAAGGUUGUUGCUUCGUCCCCCAGACUGCCCUAUGGGAAGAUCCUGGAUGCCUGGGACAGCAUGGUCAGUUCAAAGGAUGUAAAUGUGACAACCUGCUGUCAUAUCCUGUGUGUGAUGGGAGACAUCGCCAAACAUUUGAACAAAGAUACCAAGAGCAGAAUAGUUAAUGAUCUGAUGUCUUGGUUGAAGACUUUUACUUUGUCUCUGGAGGUGAUCUGUGCUGCUCUAGUGACUCUUUAUCAAUAUGGCCGCAGUGAAAACAUCAAAGAGACUCAGGCUUUCCUGAACCACCACUGUGGUGAGCUGGUGUCGGUCUGCGAGGCCUAUUUAGCUGGCAUCAUCCUGAGUGAAAACGGAGCCCAGAACUUCAAUGAGGAGCUGAUGGUAAAACACCUCCACACUCUGGGUGUGGCGUCACUUCACUGUCCUGCCAAGGUUGGCAAGAGGACGGUGCUGCUGGUGGAAUCUGUCCUCACAACACAUUCUGACAAACUGGCAGAGUGCGGGGAUGAGCUGCCAGCAUCACUGCCUCUGUCCCAGUUCAAAGCUAACUCUCUACCAACCAGAGUCCGAGCUCACGGAGUCAUUGCUUUAGGUAAACUGUGUCUGCAGCAUGAGGAUCUCGUCCAAAAGUACCUGCCGGUGUUUGCCAGAGAACUUGAGGUUGGGACAGAGGUUGCCGUGUGCAACAAUGUGGUUGUGAUCAUGUGUGACCUGUGUGUUCGAUACACCAACAUCGUGGAUCAUUAUAUCCCCAACAUCUCUGGUUGUCUGCGGGACAAUGAGGCUGUCAUCAGGGAGCAGACCCUCAUCAUGCUGACCAACCUGCUCCAGGAGGAAUUCGUCAAAUGGAAGGGCUCCCUCUUCUUUCGCUUCAUGGUGGCGCUGGUUGACCCAGUCCCUGCCAUCGCCAGUCUGUGUGAAUACUGCCUGGUCCACCUGCUGCUGAAGAAGAACUCCGAAAUGUUCAGCCAGCACUUCAUCGAGUGCAUCUUUCACUUCAACUCCUACAACAAACACAAGUCCUACAACAAGUUCCCUCAAAGUGAGAGAGAAAAGGCUCAAUUUUCGCUGAAAGGAGCUCAGCACCGCGAGAAGCGUUUUCGGAUCUACCGCUUUCUUUUGGAGCACUUCACGGACACCCAGCGCUUCAACGUCACUAUCAAGAUCAACCAGACCGUUUUAGCAUGCUUUGCGGACGAGGAGCUUCCUUUGGAUGCAGACGGGGCUGAUUUAUCUGAGACCUUCAACAUCUUGAGUCUGAACGAGAUGAAGCUGCAGGCUGUAUCUGCUCCAGCAGGGGGUGCUUCAGGGGAGGAACCCGAGGAGGAGAACAUGGCCACUAUGGCUAAGGUUGUCCUGCAGGCUGCACAGAAGAAGGUGGUGUCGCAGGUCCAGAAGAAGGCCUUCAUAGAGAACACAGUUCCUCUCAUCAUCAGCCUGAAGAGCCUGCUGGAGCAGAAACGCUCUCCUGUGCUCCGAGACCUCAUGUCCUACCUUCAGGUGACCAUGCAAGAACAUCGUAACAAGGUAAAGGACUUUUUCCCUGGAGAUGAGCAGCUGGCAGUUGAGGUGGACUUUGCUCUGAAGAUGGCUGAGAAGGAGAAAGAGAUGGAGAAGCAGAUGGACAACUGCAGCUUGACAGGAGACGCCAGGCCUCCAACUACACAGUGUUCAGUCCAGGGCUCUCCCAUCAGGUCCAGGCCCCUCCUCCCCUUUACCUUUGCCACACCACAGCUGCUACGUCCAAACCCCAUGUCUGCCAGGCUGGUACAGACUGACAGGCGUGUGCACGGAUCCAGGCAGGAGGAACAUGUUCAGUCAAUCGCUCUGGAACGAACAGUGAUGCCCAAAGGAGCUGUGAAUGACAGAGCCAUCAGCACACCAAAAGGUGUCAACGUCAAUUUAACUUUUGAUGAAGGAUUCAGCGCAAUCUUCAGUGACAAAGGAACAAGUCUUGUCGGGGAGACCAGUCUUCUUCACGUGAGGUCAAAUGAGCAGCAGUAAGUACACUCACUGCUUAUUUAAUGGCUUCCACACUGUCCAGUUGUAGUUCUUCAAACACUUUUGAAUGUAGUUUAAAAUGGUAUAUUAAACAUUUGUAAAGCCAUCCUUAAAAGGAAAAUAUGAAUAUGUCUACUACUACUCUAGUGACUGAGUCGGGCUAACGCACAUUUUGACGGCAUCACCUAGAUCAUCGGGUGCGAAAACUAACCAAUCAGAGCCUAACUCUCCAUCCCUGCUGCGUUCAAGCAAUCCUAACAAAAUCAUAACAGAAUGAAACAAGCACUGAAGAAAUUGGCAUUUUUACAUUGGCAUAUUAUGUAACGUUAAAUAUUCUCUUAUCUACACAUAUUGGAAAUUGAGAUAAAGACAAUAUUUGUUAACAGAUUAUGAAGUAAAGUUUUAUUUCAGAAUUGUUUUUUAAACCCCAAAUAAGUCCCGGGUCAGUUUGACCCGAGGGACCCGAGAGGGUCCCGAACGUGAAGACAACACACGGGUUAAAGGGUUGGUUCACCCAAAUUACAAACAAAAUAUAUACCAAAUAUAUUUUUUCUCUCUCCAGUGGUAUCUCUCCAUGCAAGUAGUUCUGGUUGUAUUCCUCAAUUCAAUUGUAUAAAAAAAUAUAGAAUCAAUUCAAAACAAGAGUUAUCUGGAGACACUUUACAGAUAGACCAGGUCUAGACCACACUCCA